UUUCCAGUCGUCGCUACGUCACUUCCCGGUUAAACGUGGCCGCAAGGAGUGGCAUCGAAGCUAGCGUCGCGAGCUGUCAAGCUGUCGGGCCCGAGUGGAACCCCGAGAGAGAGAGCUAGAGCCAGAAGACUGUUGAAUCGGCCGGCGCAGCUGAUCGCUUAAAUGACUCGGCAAAUCGGCCAUUGAGCGCGUUAUCGUUGCCUGCGUCGUUACCGGAAGCCACUUGAGGCCUGUCAGAGUACCCGCUUGAAGCGAGAGACGUGAGAGAGACGAGAAACAUGUCGUCCUCGGGCGAUUUCGGCAACCCCUUGCGGAAGUUCAAGCUCGUCUUUCUCGGCGAGCAGAGCGUCGGGAAGACGUCACUUAUUACACGGUUUAUGUACGACAGCUUUGACAACACAUACCAGGCUACGAUAGGUAUAGACUUCCUAAGCAAAACUAUGUAUCUCGAGGACAGAACUGUCAGACUACAGCUGUGGGAUACAGCGGGACAGGAACGGUUCCGUUCUUUGAUACCUAGUUACAUCAGAGACUCCACAGUCGCUGUCGUUGUUUAUGAUAUUACUAACGCCAAUUCGUUUCAUCAAACAUCCAAGUGGAUAGACGAUGUGCGGACUGAAAGAGGAAGUGAUGUGAUAAUUAUGCUAGUGGGCAAUAAAACAGAUUUGAGUGAUAAGAGGCAAGUUUCGACGGAGGAGGGCGAGCGGAAAGCGAAGGAAUUAAAUGUGAUGUUUAUCGAAACUAGUGCUAAGGCUGGCUACAACGUGAAGCAGCUAUUUAGAAGAGUAGCGGCGGCUCUGCCGGGUAUGGACUCCACCGAAAACAAGCCACCCGAAGACACUGUCGACUUGCAGAAUCAGUCGCCGAUGCAGAACGGCUCCGAGUCGGAGGGCGAGAGCGGUUGCAUCUGCUAGGGAGCUGCAGCGUCUCCGCCGAAGAAGAAGGGAAGAGAAGAGAGCGGGAAAAUCGCAGUCAAUCUCCCGACACGAAUCACCAUACCAUUGCGAGGCGUUGCUGGCUUCUUCUGACGUCGUUAAGGGAACAGGGGGCCCCUCGUCGCCGAUCUCGGGCUCUAAGUAUCGUUUCAAGUGCUACUAGACGAACUCGAGCGUUAUCUAAUACUAGCUACUUGCGUUGCAUUCGGGCGUUGGCUUCGUGCGAGAGAAGGGGGAUCGCAUCCCUCGUCGGGGUAUUUCCGCGUUUAAGCUUGAAACGGUGAUAGUCGCGAAAUCCACGUAAGGUCUAUUGCUCUUUUAUCUUCUCCGGAAAAUUAGCUCCUCUUCUUUCGUGCAUCCAAUUAAAUACAUUCUAUAAAGAACGAUUUUUCACGCGUUGAAGUAAAAUUACACGUGUGAUAUACUUUG